ACAGGACGGGCCAGGGCUGGGAGAGUUGGUUGGAAGUUCCACCACAGGAUCUUACCAUUCAAAAUGAACUUCAGUUUAAGUGCCUGAAGCUGUCUCGCUUUAGUUAUGGGACAGUCCAAAUAACUGUAGCACCAGAGGACUAUUAACCCUUGGAAUACAUUUUCUGUUUGACCUACUAAGAGACCAUAAAAUCCUUCUUCAAAAGCCCACGGUGAAACCCAAAUCUAUGCCGGUAGAUGCUCCACAUCUGAAGAGGGUGAGCUUGCCGGGAUCGAGUCCACACAGGAGUUGACUUCCGUCCUCUGCUGCAGUUAUUCCCUCGGCACGGACAAAGAUGUCCACAAGCUCAGCAGAUAUCAGCCCUGAAGAUGCCAACAACCGCAGCUUCUGGAUGCCUGGGAACUAUCACCGUACUGUAAAGCGGACGGAAGACGCCUUCCAGGCUUGCAAUGACAUAGUGGCAUGCUUCCAAGAGAGAGCUCGUGUGGAGAGACAGUACGCCCAACAGCUCAGCGAGUGGAGCAACAAGUGGAAGCCCCUAGUGGACUCGAGUCCACUGUAUGGAUCCCUCUUGAAGGCGUGGCAGUGUUUCCUCUCUUCCACUGACCGACUGGCGUCCUUGCAUUCCUCCAUUUGUCGUUCUCUGGUGUCGGAGGAUGGGGACCGGGUCAGGACCUGGCAGAAGGACACCUUCCAUAAGAAGCUUUUUGGGGGCUUCAAGGAAUCUCAGGACUUUGAGACAGGCUUCGCACGUGCUCAGAAACCUUGGGCCAAACGUCUUAAAAAGCUGGACAAAGCCAGGAGGGCCUACCACAAGGUCAGCCGCAAGGAGCAGUCUGUUAGACAACGUGAGGCCCACGCUCAGGGCAACCCGGACAUUGCCAUAGAGAAACAGAGAAAGAUCCAGGAGGAGAGAGAGCUGGCUCAACAGGAGUCGGAAAAAGUACGUACUCGCUAUGAGAAGGUUCUGGAAGAGGUGUCCCGGUACGCCCCCCGCUACAUGGAGGAGAUGGAAUCAAUCUUUGAUCAGUCUCAGGAGGAGGAGAGGAAGAGGAUUAGCUUCCUCAAACAGGCCUUCCUCUCUAUUCACAGACAUCUGGAUGUGACUAACAAUGAGAGUGUGAAGGCUGUGUACAAUGAGCUUCACAACACACUCAUGGCCAUUAACGAGCAGGAAGACCUGCGCUGGUGGAAAAACACCCAUGGACCAGGAAUGCCCACCGACUGGCCUCAGUUUCAGGAGUGGACACCUGAAAAGAAAAUUAAAAAAGAGAAGAAGAAGGUAGUGGAACAAAAAGGAACAAUAGAGCGGAGUGGUCUAAUUGGGGGUGUGCGGGUUAGGGCGCUCUACGACUACAACGGGCAGGAGGCAGACGAGCUGUCUUUUAAAGCAGGUGAGGAGUUCUUGAAGAUUGAGGAUGAGGAUGACCAGGGUUGGUGCCGGGGGAUGAAGGACGGAGGGUGGGAGGGGCUGUACCCAGCCAACUAUGUAGAGGUGGUCUAGUUACGGGGAAGCAGUCAUGUGUAGAAUGAAAGUGAAAGAUCUCAUCUUGCUGAGGAGAGCUGUGUCAGACUGGUGGAGACCAGCCUAUGUGUACGCCUUGUUCCUUAACGACAGUAGCACUUUGGAAGUGACAGUCUGGUACAGUGUCUAAAUACAAGUGGCACAGUAAUGCCAACACAGAGGAACAUUUAGCCAAAGACAUUGCUGGUUAUGAGAAUACAUUUGCUCCAAGGUGGACAUUUUUGGCAUGCAGAGAAAAAAAACUCUUGCAUCAUCUUUAAAAGCAUUAGACAUAUUUUUUAAUUUAUAUACACAUGUAACGUUUAUUUAGUAUAAUUAGAUAGCAUUACAUGCUGGACUCUGAAGGUACACCAUAUUUACAACUAAACAUUUGGAGCUGAAAUUCUUUAACUAGACUGGAUGUUUCAUCCAGCUGCUUCUUCACGCUGCACAUGAAAGACACAUUGACAUCACAAUAUGAAGGGAGUACAGCUUUUACUCAGCUCAUUAACCAUUGUUAGCGUUGUAAAUUGAAUCAGCUAGUUAGUUCGAUAGAUAGCCAUAUGACUUGUAGUCUCUCUCCAGUGAAGGCAUUUUAAGAAUAAUAUACUGGGAAAUGGAUCGCUUUCCCGUCAAUUUAAGUUUGUCUGUAAUAUCUAAUCAUCUAUUAUUAUAUGGCACCAACCAUAAAAAAAACAGCUAUACCAAAGUAAAGGCUGUUCCUUGUCCAGUCCUUUGCAUUAUUCACUAUCUGUGUAAGUACCACCUGCUUUUUUAUGUCAUAAAAUAUGUAUGCAGCCGCCCUCAGAACUUUUGAAAACUGCCUUUUUUUUGUUAUUUUGAAAUAAAAUAAAAAAAGUAAA